UGGUCUCGGCACACUUGAAAUGAACGAGGAAGAAAAUGAACAAUGGCGGAAUCCAUGAGUGUAUUACGUUUGUGACACCUGCCAACUGAUCGAUAACAUAAUACGCCUGGAAAGAUUACCAUUGAUAAGUCUCUAUGAGGAAUAAACAACAUGCCGCAGUACUACGAGGAUAAAGAAGAGGACCUUAGGGCGUGUGCUGGUGUAAGAGAAGACUUCAAGGCAUGUCUCCUUCAACACGACUGUGUCGUAAAGGAAGGGAAAUUGCCAAGCGAAUGCUUGAAAGAAGGCCAUUGCAAAGCCUUGCAAACUUCCUUCUUUGAGUGCAAGAGGUCAAUGCUAGACCCAAGGUCGCGAUUCCGUGGAAGAAAGGGAUAUUGACUCAUCCCUCUAAGGACUGUUUUUCUUCAGUAGCGAUCCUGUCACACAAUUGGGUGAAUAUUGGAUGACCCUUGUAAAUAGGGAUGCCAAGUUCAACAUGGAACCAGGCCUCGCCUGGGACGUGGUCGACCGGAAUAACUACGUCAUAACCUAAUAAAACGAUGACAACGGCGUAGCAUUCAAGAAAAAUGCUACAGAAAUCAAUGUACACCUGAUGUUGAUGUUUUAUUUUAUUAUAAUUAUAUUUGUGGUAUGGAAAAUAAAUUUGAACAUUUGACAUUUGUUACACAUUC